UGCGCAAAGAUCGAGGAUUUUCUUUUCUUUGGUGAGGCGGUAUGAACCAUGAGUCCAAUAAAUCACCAUCAUUAGGAAUGAUCUCCACGGCAACUCGCACCACGGCUACAGUCAGUCCCCUCAGCCCACUAACCAAUGGGAACGCGGUUGCCCAAUCUGCAAACUCCGGAUUCGCUGCUGCCCUGCGUAAACUGGCCAAACAGGCUGAGGAUCCCAGAGGUUCUGCCCUCAGCGGUGAGUCGUCUCCAGUCUCCUCUCCGGCCACCAGCCACAGCUCGCCGGUCACCACCCCGAAGCGGGGCUCAUUAGGGCCCCUCUUGGGCCAGAACAGGGGCCACAGCGUCCCCGGCACCCCUCCGGUAGUCACCAUUGCCCCCACCAAGACCAGCAACGGCCUGUGGAGGGCCGACGGGCGACAGGUUGAGCCGAGCGUUCAGGGACUCGGUAGGGAGCGGGUGGGAGCUGAGAACACCCAGUCGCAGCAGGAUAAGAGGACUCCUCCCAUCCCUUCACCUCACCCGCUGGCUCACUCCUUUGGUCUCACCCCAGGCAGCAUCAUGCAAGACCCCCGCAUACAGAGCAUUAGUUUGCCCGGGCAGAUGCACCCUGUGGUUCCCUCGGGUGCCGUCCCAGAGGAGUACCUCAGAGCUCUCCGGCCCUUCGCUGCCUCAGAUGACCUCCGACUGACCUCCCUGCCGCUCAGUCUCGACCCCGCUGCUGCCGCUCACGCUGCCGCCGCCGCUGCUUACUAUCAUCCUGCCUACCUGCACCACCCUCUGUCCUUACCAAGGAUGGAGGAGUCUCUGUGUCUUUCUGCGCUGCGAUCGCAGUUCUACUCCGUGCCUGCAGGAGGCGCCUUCCCUCCUCUUCACCACUCUGCCCUCCACCUGCACCUGCCCGGAGGCCGAUACCCCGGAGAACUAAACCACACAGCGCUAUCUGAGAGGCUACAGAUGGAGAAUGAGCUCCGCCAGCGAGAGAGAGAGCAGGAGCGUGAACGAGAGAAAGAAAGGGAGCGCGAGGCCGGCCUGGAACGAGAGCGGGAGAGGGAGAGGGAGCGGGAGGAGGAGAGGGAGCGCGAGAGAGAGCUGGACAGACAGAAGGAGAGGCAGAGGGAGAGACAGCAGCAGAUGGUCCGAGCGGCGGAGAGCCACUACCUGGCUGAGCUGCAGGCUCGGAGGGCACCACCGGAGGACAGGGCCAGGCCAGGAGAGAGGCUGACCCCGAACAGACUGGAUAAAACCAAGGACUCGGAGCACCCAGCUUUCCCGGCGCCCAAACCUCUUCCUCUGCAGCCCGGCCUUCACUCCUCCAGGGGUUCGGUCCCACACCCAGUGCCCAGCCUGCUGCCUUCUCACCUGGGGAAGCACCACGCUGCGGGUGCCGGGGGGCUCCAUGGAGCUCUGGCAGCCGCCAUGAUGACUCAGAGGGCCAGCGAGGAGGUGUGGUUAUCACGACAACGAGGGCAGGGACAGGACAGGGAGGGUCCGCUGGAGCUGGGCCUCAGGUCGCCUGGGAAAGGGGUGGAGCCGAGGAGAGACGUCCACGGCCACAGAACUAAUUCAGUCUACCACAACCAAGGCAGCAAAGAUGUGCCCCCCUGCCUCGGUGCACCGCCUCCCCUAAUCUCCCCCAAAGGUCCCCACCACCCUCCCGCCCCUCCCACCACACUGUGGAACCCAGCCUCCCUCGUCGACACACCCGCAGACUCCCGCAGAAAGCUCAACCCUCCGACGCCGCCGAACCGACCGCCUCCGGGCCUGACCAGAACCGACAGGCCCCCGAUGAGCUGGGGGGAGAGGCUGGAGGAGGGAGGCAGGAGGAUGGCGAAAAGCCCGGAGAGGUACACCUCGCUGAGGGGAGCGAGUUUGCAAGAGUCCUGGAGCAAGACCGAGCAGGACAGAGCCGUCCAGAGCCUCUACCACCGGCACCACAUCAGCAACCUCCACCAGAGACCCUGCGCGCCUCCGUCCGCUCCCAACACCUGCACCGACCUGGGGGGACGGUGCCAGGCAGCCUCUCCGUCUCCAGCGAGGGAGCGACAGGCGCCAGACAGCAUGCUGGUGUACGACGAGGUUCUCCAGCAGCACCGCCGGCUGCUCAGCAAACUCGACCUGGAGGAGAAGAGGAGGAAGGAGGCCAGAGAGGGAGGUUAUUACUACGACCUGGAUGAGUCAUAUGACGAAAGCGACGAGGAGGAGGUGAAAGCUCAUUUGAGGAGAGUGACUGAGCAGCCUCCACUCAAACUGGACACAUCCUCAGAGAAAGUGGAUUUGCUUCGCGUGUGCGGCCUCACCACGGUGGCCCAUCGCGACGAGGUUCUGGCUCAGAAGAGGAGGAAGAGGAGGAGGAUGAUGAAAGAGCGCAGCGUCUCUCCGCCGGCCGUGCGGGGCAAGAAGAAGGCCUGUUCACCUCCAGCACCCACGACUCCCUUAACUACCCCGUACUCUGCCGAACAGAUGGACCGCACCCCCGAACUGGAGGAGAAAAAAGACUUCCUCCUUAUGUUCAACCUUUCCCAUGUCAGCCCACAGCAGAGGAGAGAUAAGGAGAGGACAGAGGAGCUGCUGAGGGCUAUUCAGAGGAAGACUGUGACGUUAGACACACUCAGAUAUAAUCCUUUACCACUGUGUAAGAGUCCUCCGGCUCCCUCAACUGGUGACUCCUCCUCAGCCCCUCAAUCAAACGGACACCUGUACCCGGACUCUCCCAGCCCUUCCCCUCCAUACUUACACAAACCGAAGCACCACCACAGCGACGCACUCAAACCCCCCGUGGACUCCCAGGUGACCCGCAUCCCUCCUCCUCCUCUGGCCCCGCAUCACGAAAAGACCGAAUUCGUGGAGAAUCAAUCGAACAGAAAACUUCAGACCUUCCAGAACGGCGUCGCUGCUCCUCCGCAGAAGAAGGAGCCCAAUCCUGUGCAGAACGGACGCAAUCGGCCCUGGGAAAGAUUCACACCUGAGGCCUUUGCUCAGCACUUCCACCAGGCUGUGCUGCAGUCCACACACAACACGCUGCAGAAAAAAGGAGUCUCAAACUGUGUCCCUGAGGGCGGCGUGAAGCCUGAUCGCUCGCUGCCUCACAACCUCUCUCAGCUGAAAAGUUCACAUCUGAACCACGCCCCUCCGCACGCGCACAUCAACGGCCAUCACUAUCACUCUCCUGUAGCCAGCCGGGACGCUCCGGCGCCGCGGGACCAACUGUCCGACGAGGACGAGGAGGAGUCCGGGCAGGAGGAGGAUGAAGGGGAGGAGGAAGAGGAGGAGGAGGAAGCUCCAAAGAAGUGGCAGGGCAUCGAAGCUAUUUUUGAGGCCUAUCAGGAGUACGUGGACGAAUGGAGUAUAGAGAGGCAGGUUCUCCACAGCCAGUGUAAGCGACUCGAAGCACAGAACUACAAUCUGACCAGAACUGCAGAGCAGCUCUCUCUCACUAUGGGGGAGCUGGUGACUCAGAGGCAGAAAGUGAGGGAGGAGAGAGAGAGGCUGCAGGCCCAGCUCGAGCACUUCAGGAGGUGUCUGACGCUUCCUAACAUCCACUGGGGCAGAGGGCAGGUGAACGGACACACCAGGUGACCUCUGACCUCUUCCAAAGGUUGCGCCUCUGACAGCGAAGGAACAGUAACAAGAACAAGUGGGACCGGAGCCUGACCACUCUCCACGCCUGAAGCACUUGAAGGAGCCGACCGUCGUCUUGUCACCUUUCCGGCCAGUCAGCUAAGUUACCUGAUUGGUUCCCGGAUAGAAUUUAUUACCUGCCAUGUUUGUAACCAUAAUCCAUGGUGUCCAUGUAGUCCGGGCAUUCGAAGCGUCUGAUCUCGCCCCGUAUGGAUCGUAACAACACCGUGCAGGUGAAACUGCAUCUUUUGUUAGAGUGACGCUAACCUCUCCUCCUACUUGAGUUGGCUUUAAGGACUGUCCGCCGUUUAGCUCAUAUCAUGUCAAAAAAAUCUGCAUCAACCCAGGCUAAUGAGACGAAGGCACGAAUCUGUGGCCUCUCUGGAAGCCAAGAGAAGAGUCCAGGCGUGCAGUGGUCGCUUGGUUAGUCCUUAGAGAAUGAAAAUUGAGUCAAGGAAUCAAAGCACACCUCAGGCCUUAAACUUGACAGGAUGCACUUGAAGUGGAAAUGGAGGAAAUACUUGACCGUCCUCUGUGUGGUGUAAUGUUGUAGUGUCUACUGAGUACUGUAUCUGACAGAUGAAGCAGUGUGUGUGUGCUGGUGACGGUUCUACAGAGCAUAGGAAUCAUCUAAAAAUAAUCUAUAUAAUGGCAAAUGGUAUCAAUGAAGUUUGUUUUUCUUUUUUUUUUAGGUUCAGAUUUCCAUCGGUUAAUGUCACUUGUGAUAGAUGAAGAGUUGUGUAUGUUUUAUUGCUUUAACCAUUUCUUUUUAAUGUGGGAAGCCAUAUGUUGUUUGUUUUUUUUUCUGAAUUGCUGCUGGUCAGAAUGAAAUGUUUAGAAAAUGAAGGACGUUAGGACAGUCGUAUUUUGGAAGAUGUCAAUGUGAUGUCAAAAUGUCUUUGGAGUUGACCGAGAUGCACUGGGGGACGGAAGACGACAAAUGUCCAUCAUUACCAUUGUUCAGGUGGUUCGUCUGCGUCCCAAACCCUUCACAUGCCUAUAAACGUUGGAGAGAGAUGAGUAAAAGUCUUUUUUUUUUCUUUUUUUCUAAAAAGGCCUUUUGCAGAUUCUACACGUUCUUAGAUAAUUGGCAUCACUUAAGUGUAACUUUGUACUUUUCGACAUAUUGUCAAACCUUAAAAAUGUUUUCACCUACCUGGGAUGAUCAUUCUGAACCUCUUUUGUUAAGGAAACAGAAAAGCCAAAUUAUUAUUCAGUUCCAUUUCAGGACUAUGUCAGAACGAAUAAACGUGAUCUUUUCUCCUGAGACUUGAAACAAUUCUCUAAUUGUUUAUGGGUGACAUAAACAUCAGAAUGACUUUAUCCCUCUGAGGAUGACAAUAAACUACACCUUCUGUGGUCUUUUGAUGAGAUUUAUUUUUGUUCAAGCCAGAAUUAUUAUUAUUAUUAUUGUCACAAACUCACACUUUCAUUCCGUCUGAAUAUUAAAAACCUUUUUUCUACAAGCACAAGCUACAGUAGCAAUCUCUCCCCCCUCCGUUCACCCGACCUUCCUGCGUCGCCUGCUCCGUCUCCUCUUCAGACUCUCUGUGAAAUCUUGCAUAUUUGCUUCAAUCAGUUGUUAUGUAAUGUAUUAUUUGGGCUGUAUAAUUGCGAUGAAUUAUUUAUUAACAUAUAUUGCUGUACAUUCGGAUGGAAAUUUACAUUAAAAUAUUUGUAAAAUGUCUCUUAA